AUGUUCAGAAAUGACGAUGAUGAGAGGAUGAUUUGGGAAAACACUUUUAUUUUUUUCAGAAUGGUUACAUUUGUUUGUCUUCUUCGGUGCCCUCUAAACCGGGCUGGUACCUUUGGUGUAACUUCAACUCGGCUUAGUCGCUCGCUCGGAGGGGUCGUUCGUCCUGGGCCGUUCCCCGUCCCUGAGGCGUUGAGCGCGUGUGGUCGGGGACACCAGUGGGAGAUGGCGCUGGCACUUCUGAAGCAGAUGGGAGCUGUUCAGGUUCAGCCGGAUGUGGUCUCUUACACAGCCACUGCCACGUCCUGCAACCGCAGCCGAGAAUGGGCCAAGGCUUUGGAGCUCUACCGUGGGGCGUCCACCAACUCGGUCGUGCUCUAUAGUUGCGCCAUGAAGGCAUGUCAGCUGGGCACGGAGUGGCACCAGGCCUUGCAGCUUUUCCAGGAGAUGCAAGAGACUUCCUACUGGCCGGACAUUGCUGCCUUUAAUCCUUGUUUGGGUGCUGUGGUGGACUCCAAGCAUUGGGAGCAAGCCUUAACGUUGCUGCAGAAGAUGCCGUCCUUGGCUUUGCAGCCUAAUGGAGGUACUAAGAGGCUUCUGCUGCGAGCUCUUUCGGAUCAUUGGCAAGGCAGUCUUGAGCUGCUGGGAAGCUAG